UCAUAAAGUAGGUUCCGUGCCUCUCUUCUUAUUCGACCUGCUUCUCUUCCAAUAUCGGUUCCCCGUCAUUUUAUGCCACCUCGCCAUUCCUCUCUCAUCACUUGCCCCGUUCACAUCUAAUCAUCCGAAUUAAAGUUACAUAUUAAAACUCCUGCAUUCAAUUUUUCCGUGGUGCAGUCGGUUACCUGUGUUAUUAGUGGAACAGUAACCGAUUUGCAUUGGUGGUCUCCUUUCGUCAUCAUUGGAAUUCCCCUUUGCUUGGUUUUGGCUCCUUCGAAUAUCACAAUCUACUCUCCUAAUUGGUUCGGAUUGGUUGGUUAGUGGACGAUUUCAUCACUGAUAUAUUUAUGGUCGACGCGUUUCCCUGGAUUUAUAUUUGAGAUUGUUUAUCGGCGGAUUACCCCAAGCAUUAUCAUCUUUGUUAUGAUCGAGGAUAAAUUCGGACUAUCAUCCAUGGUAUUUCGGUGGAUCUCUUACGUUGGCUGAGUAUCUUGUCCAUUACCAUUAUUUCUCAAUAUCGAGAAGAACUUUUGCAAUAGGCAUUAACACGAAACCAAACGAGCAUUAGGAAAAGUUUUUAUACGCUUCCAUGUUAACAAACUAGUCCUUAAUGUUAUGAAGACUAAUCUCUUUUUGCUCAAUCCUCGAAAUGUGGUUUAUAACUUUGACUUUAACUUGACGUUGAACGGACGUUGAAUGUCCAACAAGUUGGAUCCUAUUUUAGCACCAAGACACUUCGAUUUUUAGGCAUUAACAUUGAUGACCACUUAAACUGGAAGGAGCACAUUCGUUUAGUCAGCAACUCUGGAUCCCAUUUUAUCACCAAUACGGUUUCAUUUUUUGGCAUUAACAUUGACGACCACUUACACUGAAAGGAGCACAUUCGUUUAGGAAGCAACUCAGUCAGAAAAACCAUAUUCACUCUUUUUGCUUGCGAAACAAGCAAUUCCAACGAAAUUCAGGGGGUGAAGGGGGCAUUAUUCGUUUCAACCUACCAUUAGCGCAGUCGACUUGGUACCAACAACUUCCCAUAUACGCUUGCCCAAGCCUUGGAAUCAAUUCAUUGCGGAUAAUAAGAUAAAGUUGGAAAACUGGCCGCUACAAGCAAACGAUGGAUAGGACAUGUCACCGAAAUAAUCACUGCCUGUCUACGUAUGGUGAAAUAUUUUUUCACAGUUGGAGCCUUUUCUUAAUGACAUUUGCCUUAUCGUUAUUUGGCUCACUUGUUUAAAUUUAUUCAACAAAAAAAUGUUUCGAGUAUUGAUUCAAAUGUGUAUGCUACCACCCUGGUCUGACGCAUAAUGCAGAGAUGAAGGCCCGAAGGCGCGUUGGAAUCUAGUAAAGAAUUUUGUGUCCGCACAUUCAGGUAUGCCAGAUUCUUCUCGGUGAAUGUUUUUGAAUGCCAUUAUUCUUGUUAUGUGAUGUUUUCAAAAGCACUUUCAAGUUUUACUCCAUUCUCAGUUCCAUUGAAUUUGACAUUUUGAAACAAAGGAAAUGAAUACGAAUGAAAUUACACUUACUUCUACCUUGAGUUGAAGCUUAGCCAAUGGUAGUUUAGCAAAUUGUACGCAUCACUCUUGCCAAUCCAGGGCCAAGGUUGCGCCAAAUGUGAAUCACAACCUUCUGAAUCGGCUAAAUUAUUACUUUUUACGGUCGUAGACAAAAGAAUGAAAAAAAUUGCACCCGAUUCAUUUUCUUGCUAAGUGCGACAACAUUGAAGUCAAUUCAUAAUACAGAAACAGCCGCCUAAAGGGUGAACUGACGAACCACAGUACCAUGGAAACGACGUUUUGAGACCAAAAAUCUCAUGCGUGUACUCUUAGUUGUGAGCAAGACCAACAAACACGAGAGGUCCCUGGCGACUGAAAUGUGCGUCAGCUCACUAAUGAAAACCAACCAAUUCCUCCCAUAUUAUCCGUGAAAGCGUUUGAUCAUGUCUCUCAGGAAAAGUCAUUUUCCACUCGUCCUUUGGGAGUCGUUGUCGUCAUCAGCAAUUUGACUGAUGUAUACACCUCAGAAACAAAAAUUGCCUUCAUUUCCGAAAUGAAAAAAAAAAAAUAAAGAUGAGAAAAAUGCGAAAAAAGUUGAGAAAACACUAAAUAAGUUGUCAAAACAUGAAAAAAAGGUUUGAAAAUGUGCAAAAAAACAUAAGCAUGCAUAAAAAAUUACUUAUAGGGGGAGAAAACUGUUUUACAUCCAUUUUAGCCUUUUAGAUGCAUUUUUAUUUGUUGCAAAAUGUAGUAUCCCUACUGUAUUUACUAAGCUUUCCACUGACUUCGCGAGAAUUUUGUUCUUGCAAUGUGGUCUUCCAUUGAUGCAAAUGUCAGGGUAUAUACUUGACUCUCCUCUGGACCUUGCCUGUAGGUGUUCAGGGUUUUUUUGCUUGCAAAAUAGCUUUAGGUCGAUCAAACCCAUGACCGUAGAUGCAGCCAACUUUGAGUUUAAGUGCCAACAGCUACACAAGUCAUAAUCCUUCUUUUUGAUAAUGCCGGGGACUGCAUUCUUUGCCUAGUUAGUAAGGCUGUAAAAACUUAAACCCAAAAAAUGCCAAAAGGUUCUGGCUGAGGAUUCUAUCCUUCAGCUGAUCAUGUUUUACAGAAGUAAAAAAAAAGGUCGGAAGCAAUAAACAACAAGUUAAGAAGGCAGCAGAUAAGGACCCAAAAGACAAUAGACGGGCAAAAAAGGCCUUUUAUGUGCAAUGUUGUGGGGAAAAAGGUUGAGAAAAAGUCGAAAAAGUCAAAAAAAUGGCUAAAAGAGUGAAAAAUUGGAAAUUUGGCUCAAAUUUUAUUUCUGGUUAUAAUUUUAUCGAGAUCUACUGAACUCCCGCCUCCGCAUGACCGUUACUUUCAUUAUUAUGCGGCGAGGACGGUUCGUGAAGAAUUCGCAUUUAUCACACAAUGCGAACUCUCUGGAUUUGAAAAAAUCCAACAGUAGCAAUCUAUAGCAUCUCUUAGUCAAAUAUUUUACUUGUUUUGAAAUUUUCACCUGUUUUAACAAAAAAAAAAAAAUUCCCCUCUGGGAGUGAAUUCAUUAGAAUACUCCACCUCUAAAACUUCAGUAUUUUCCGAGUCUCUUGCUUUUGAAGCUUUGAUGAUUGCUUCACUUCUUCUUUGUUGAAAUACUUCAAAAAUAGACAGCAAUGCUCAAAGCUGCAUGUUGCUUGGGAUACAUCUUUCGAAAUUUUCCUAAAAUAUUGAAUGGUAAUAAGUCCCUUGACAAUAAUUAGUAGGGCCGGCAAAACUUGCACCCUGCAAAUUGUGCAAAUUUUGCAUAUCUCAGAAUUUUCUGCAAAUUUGCAAUCUUAUCAACAAUAUUUGACAUUUUUCUGCAAUUUAUGAUGUAAUUUCAGCCAUCUCAGCAUAAAACAUUAAUAUUUCUGCAAUUUGGAUUUUCUUAAAAAUGAAUGUUCCUAUUUAGGGGAAAAUUGUGAGAUUUCAAAUUUUCCUCAUUUUUUCAAGACACUUGUUCGACAUAAAAAUAAAAAAUAGGGUACACAUAUAUUAACAACCGCUUGCAUUUAUAUUCCAUCCAUCUACUUUGAAAAGCUGUAUAGUGAAACACCAUUUGAUGAAGUUGUCAUUGAGUGAUAAUGGCGACUAACAGAGUGAUGAUGGCGACAGAACAAUUCGCCAACGAGUCCCAAGGCGGCUAUCAAUAAGUAGACAGGCCCAAAGGUAUAGACCCGAAAGAAGUGCAGUGUGCAAGUCAAGAAUGUGACAACUCUAAUCAGGAAUCCCGAACCAUAAUCGCAAAAGAAUUGGCGUAUAAAGAAAUGUACCCCUUUAACAAAUCAGCGCCCCUACUAACCCGAAAUUACGCAGUGGCUUUCGACUUUUCCCCCCUCCACGAGGAAUGUGCCUAGAUAACAGAACAAUUCAGAUAAUAUCCAUAGCCUGCCUUGCCAUCAACUCCGGUUUCAUAAGCUCCUAUCAUACAGUAAGGUAUAUUUCAAAUAUAUUCGUUAAGUCUUUGGAUACUCCAGCUUCAAUAAUUUCGUCACCGGUCAAUUCGGAGUCGCUAUCCCGAAUCAUCACAGCCGUCUCUUUUAUCGUGGCAGUUUUUCGAGAUACACUAUAUUUAAGGUUGGGACGCACUAAGUUUGUGCAAACAUACUUCUUCUUUAAAAGGCAGGCUCAUCUUAACAUGUUUCUAUUGGGUAUCAGUGAAAGUAAGAAGAAGGAUGAUACAUUUGGAAAUAAUUGGCCGGCUGUCAUAACAUGAAAUGAACCUUAAGCUUAAUACCAAAAUUGCUAUCCAAUAGUUUUACUGUCAAGAAAGACCAUCUUCAUACGCAAAUUUUGGCCGGCUCUAAAUCUAACUUGUAAUUCAUUUAUGGUCCAGAGCCUACGGUUAAAACCUGAAGAAUAAGUUCAAUCAAAUGGUCGCAGUUAGUUUUGGUUGUAUUUUGAAAUGUGAACUAUUUCGCCCAAAUGUCAAUGUGGAAAAAUGGGACAAAUGAAAAUAUUUACAAAUAUUUUUUUUUCGGAUUAAAAGCUUAUUUACUCCAAUGGCAAACAUCUAAAAUUUGCACAGGGAUGGCAAAGAAAGUGCAAGAAUUAAUUUCUUUUUCAGAAUAUGGACAUAAUAGACUCGUGGCAUUCAGAGUCGUCGUUCCCACUCAACUAUGCACAAACCAAGGAUUUUGAUCUUUUAUCGGCGACAAAUGCACUUGCUCUCCAGAUGCUUGGAGUUUUAUUGGUCACCCUGGCAUGGGCGGUGAGCUCCGCUUAUUUUGGUUUCUCAACUAUAACCACAAUUGCCGGCCCUAACCCAACUACCCCAACUACCCCUCGUACCAUAACUACCACCCCCACCACUCUCUUUGUGAUGUUCGAGCUUCAAAUUCAGGACGCCCUUAAUGGCGAUGUCAUUCCUGGGGCUUUGGUUACGCUUCAAUCCGAUGUCACUGGCCAGAUAUUUCAAGCCGAGACAGACAGCAACGGGCUUUUUGUUGUGAGUGGAUGGCCAAUUCAUGAAAAAGUGAAAGUGACCGUCGAAAAAGAUGGAUACAUCUCUGUUCAGGACAAUAUCAUCACCAUAAAUGAGACCCAAUCAGAUUCCGCCAGGGUGAUCUCCAUGGCUCCUGCUUUCGAGGCCGAUGGUAGCAAAUUCAUGGUUUUGAAUUGGGGCCCUUAUCCGGCCGAUUUGGAUACAUACGUGCUUCAAAUUAACAAAGAGAAAAGCCAAGUGGACUGUGUCGUGUAUUGGGCCAAUGCAGGGUGCAAAAACGUUAGACUUGAAAGAGAUGUUGCUAAUGGUAAAAAUGGCGCUGAAAGCGUCACGUGGCAAAACGAGGACGAGUUUGACUAUGCCAUUAUUAUCAAGUACUAUUCUGGGAGCGAGGAAUAUCCUUUGAUAAAUACUGAAGCUAAACUGACUAUUUAUGGCGUUGAUGGAUUUACUUCGUCAGUAGACAUUCCACAAGAAGAGCCCUCUCCACAAAGCAGGUACUGGAUCGUGGGAUGCGUAAACGGCUCUAAAGGAGUUAGUUCAUUCAGAGAGAUUAACGAAAUUGUGGCUCAAGACCCUCUGGGCGACCCUGAAUUGUGCUCAAUGAUUUGAUUUCUUCGUCUUUUCUCGGACGAAAUACUUCUCAUGAACAAUUAUUACGCUUUUUAUAAUUGG